AUGGGUAAAAGAUUCAGUGACUCUGAGAAGAAGAAAGCUGAAGGUCAGUUCCGUAAGAGAGAGCAGGCUCGUGCCAAAGCUAGAGCUGAAGCCGAAGAAUUAGAAAGACAAGAGGCUAAGAAAUGGGAAGAAGGGGCUAGACAACCUAACAAGAAGAAACAAUUAGAAGAAGAGAAGAGACUGCAAAAGUUGCAAGCUAAGCAAGAAAGAGAGGCUAUGCUUAGUGAUGAGAGAGAAUCUACUGGUAGAGGUGGUAAAGGCAAGCUCAGAAAGGCUUAG